AUGGUUAUUAUUUCAUUUUGUCAACAACAAACUAGCUAUUUUGGUCAGCAUUAAGCUAAAGCUAAGACUCAAUAUUUGAACUCUUUCAUUGCUCUGAUGACUACUAUUACAUUGCUAAAUAUGAUAAAGCAACAAUCAUUCUUGCAAAAUUGGUUGCUAUCUAAAGCAUCAUCUAAUUUUGAGGCGAUAAUUGAUAAAUUGACGAUUGAUUUGGAUUCUCCAAACUCAUGCUUCGGAUACACAACUGUCCUAGUCACUCAAAUCUAAGAUUUAAUCUCAUAUGAUUACUCUUCAAAAGUUACCUAUGGUCAGAUGUACUAUCAAUCAAGGUUAUAACCAGCAUAUGAUGAUUACUGGGAGCUAUUGAGAUAACCUGAUAAGUUUAAUUUCUACGAGCCUAAGGUUUUCAAAUGUAAAGGAGAUCAGCCAAGGUUUUCGUCAAAUUUGAUAAAUCAGAUUAUUUAGCUUCCAAUAUCAACCCCUAAAAUCUAUACUUUUGAUUUUCCAGUUGACUGCUUUCAAAAUAAUCUUAUAUUUACAUGGUCAGUUGAUUUUUAUGCUUCUCCCCCUUCUUUUUUAACAUUUACAACUGCAGGCACACAGGCAACACUAAGCAUGAAUCCUACAGUUUCCAAUAUUGGAACAUACUCAAUUAAGGUAGUGUUCACAAACUCUAAAGAUCCACUUUUGUUUUCAUAAGAUUAUUUCUAAGUUGAGGUUUACCCUGAGGUAUCCUACACAGAUUCAAUUAAAUGCUUAGAAUGUCCCUCAAGACCAAUGUCAAUGGCUUUUGGAAUAUAAGCUGAUUAUGUAAUUAAUUAUAUGGAUAUUUAUUCAAAAGCUGAUUAUUAUGUUCUUUGUGGUAGCACAAAAACUCUAUAAACAAUUGCUGAUACUUAUUCUUAAUCAUUCAUAUUACAAUAUACCAGGGGAUUUGCAAUGACUUUUCACAUUACAAUGGAAGCAGGCUCAAUUAAUAGCUUCGCUUAGUAGUGUAAUUUUGGCUAUAAAAAUAAUAUUUAAACCAUGAUUUAAUCAUUUUCACAAAUUCUUGGAGCUGUUGAUGCUGUUUAUAUUAUAACUCAUUUAAAUUCGGGUAAAUUUGUUGAUGGGAGAGUUUUGAAAAUGUAAGAUUUAAAUCUAAGAGCAGAUUAAAUGAUAGUGGAUUCAUCAUAAGGCGAUACUUACUUAAUGGGAAAAUAAACUGAUACAUUAUUUGCUUUUAACAAUGCCAAACAUGUAUUUCUAAUGAAAUAUGAUCGAUUCUAUGAAAUUCAGUUUUUCAGAUUUUAUGAAAAUGGUCCAAGUGAAGGGAGAGAGAUAACAAUUGAUUAUUCAAAUAUGGCUAUUUACAUGAUUCAUACAUAUUUUUAUCAAUCAUUCAGUAAAAACUAUUAUGCUGUUGUAAAAGUUGAUUUUUUUGAUGGCGGAUUAAUUUGGGCAAAAACACUAAGAGAUAAUAGUGGUGGAAUGACUACUACUGGCUCUGAAUUAUAUUUAUCAAGACAUAACUCUGACACUGGUAUGGUGUUAUCGCAACUUCAAUUUGGUUUUAAUUCUGGAAAUAAUGUUUAUGGUUGUACAUUAGAAUAUUCUAUGACAUCAUCUCAACUUAUAAUGCAAUAUGGAGGAACAGCUUCAACCUAUAUUGGUAUUAUAAAUAUUGCAGUUACUCCAAUGACAGUUAAAUCUUAGAUGCUAAAAACAAUGGUUGCAAGCAGUAUAAACAAUAAGUAGUAUCUGAUAGAGAUAAACUCAGCAUUGUUCACAUUUAUAUCAUAUGUCCUAGGUACUAUUACCUAUAUGACAGUAUUCAGAAUAAAUGAUUUUACUUCUCCUGGCUGGGAGUCUCCUUGCACUAGUGGCUCUAUUUAAACUGUAGAUACAAGCGUUUAUUCUGGGUUUAAUUUACCUAAUGGUAUUAACGGGGAUCAAAGCAUUCACUGGAAGGAUCUAACUCCAUAUACUAGCAGAUUAGCAGAAAAUUAAUUUAUAGGAGUUUACUUUACAAAAAUGAUGAAUUUUAGAGCUUAUCCUGUAACUAAUUCUUCUGCGGAUGUAAGAGCUAAUCUAGGUUCUUGCUCCUUCUACUCAAAUCCAUCUUAUCCUUAGAUUUCUAACAGAGUGGGGGCUUACAUUAAUAGUUCAGUAGGAUCAAUACCAGUAAGUAAGUUAAGCUAUCCAAUUAUUUUGCCACCUUUUCAAUAAUGCUCAAAUGAUCCUAUGACCUUUACUCUCAAAUAAUCCACUGGAGCAGCUCUUCCAAGUUUCAUGGUUUAUAAUUUAGCUACUAAUACUCUUAAUAUAACUCCAAACUAAAACUCUUAUUAAGGAAUUUAUACCUUAAGAUACUAGGCUACUAUUGCAGGAAAUGAAGCACCAUAUGUCUUGGAAGAUUUCAAUUCAAAUGUUGUUAUUUUUGCUCAUCACAAUUACGAAUGGCUUAUCUAUCAAUCAUUUGACAGAGAGAUGGAUAUUUCUUCAUUUGAAGCAUUUAUAUUGGAUGCAAAUAAUGCAACAAUAAGUGUGCCAUGGUUUUAAUUGCUUGUAUCAAAUUAAGAUCAAAUAUCAUUCAUCGUAAAUAAUCCUUCUUAGCCAGCCUCUGGCACUCAAACAUAAUACUAUAUAUAAGUGAAUAUUUGGGAUGAAUGGAAUGUUCUUACUAAGAGAUCUUACUUCAUUAGUUUAAUUAUCAAAGAUAAUUUAGCUCCAUACCUUGCUCAAACAGUUUCAAAUACUAUUCCUGCAAUAUACAUCACUUAAAAGUUUUAAUUUAGUUUCCCGUAUUCCUUUGUGUUUGAUAGAGAGGAUGAUACAGUUUAAUUUACUUGCACCACAUCAACCAAUAAUGGUUUAAGCGCUAACUGGAUUACAACAAUUAUAGAUCCUCUUAGUAAUGUAUCUAUCUUGGGUUAGUCACCUAGAGACAAUUCAUAUGCAGGAACUUAUACCUUUACUUGUUAACUAAAUGAUUAAUAUGAUGGACCUCCUAAUAUUUACACUUUUUCGCUAGAUGUUCUGCCUAAGCCACAAGUUCAAAUCAAUUAGGUCUAAAAUGAUAUCAGGUUUUUAAUCCCAGAAAAUAUAACGUAAAACUUUGAUGGGUUCUUUUCAGAUUAAUUUGGAGAGCCUUUUACUAUUAAAUUGCUAAUAAACGGAACUCUGUAUAAUCCAAUGACUAUUUAAUGGCUUGAUUGGAAUACAUAAAAUCUAAAAAUGGAUAUUAAAGGGACUAACAAUUCAUUUGGUGGUAAUCACUCAAUUCAAAUUUAGUUAGAUGACUCAAUUUCAGUGCCAUCAACUCUUUCUUUUAAAGUUGAAAUAAUUUAAAACUGGCCAUUAAGAAUUCUUAAACCACUUAAAGACAUUAGUACACAAACAAAUUCUGCCUUUAUGAAAUCUAUCAAUGUCACGAACGAGGAAGACUCAAAAAAGCAAUUGCCUUACUUUAUCUUCUAGAAUUUCCCUAAUGGAACUUUUGGUGGGUAUACGAAUGAUGCUAACAUAGGUUCAUAUAAUUUAGAGUGCAUUGGUGUAGAUAAUGCUAACUAGUAAACUAGCGUUAAGUUCAAAUUUAUUUGCCAGGCUUGCUGGGAUAUUGACUAUAAUGCUUGCGAGGAAUGCAAAUAAGGAUUCUAUUUUUAUUUCAAUGAAUGCUUGGAUUAAUGCUUUCCAGGAACUUAUGCUGAUGAUAUAGACAAAACUUGCAAAAAAUGUCCUCAAGAAUGUGUGUAUUGCUCAGGACCAGAUAGUACAUUUUAAUGUUCAAGAUGCAAAGCUGGCUUUUAUUCAUACAAUGGAGGAUGCUGGAAGACAUGUCCAGAUGGAUUUUAUGGGGACAAUUAUGAGGGCAUUUAAUGCCACCGAUUUUGUACCAAAUGCUAUGGUCCAAGUUACUCUAAUUGCUAUAGUUGCGAGCAUGCUUAUUAAGGUAAUGAGAAAAAUUUACUAGUGAUUAUGGGCUAUCUUUUAAUUGGUACUGAAUGCAAAGCACCGAAAUGCAAGGAAAAAUAAUAUUUUGAAUGGUUUCCUUACCUAGUAAAUAACCAAUUUAGUGGCUAAUGCUAAGAUUGCCAUUCUACUUGCAAACGAUGCAUUGGUCGUAAUGUGAAUGACUGCCUAUAGUGUAUAUAAGGAUAUGAAUUCAACGAGCAAUUAUUCAUCUGUAUAAAAUGCGAAGAUUUCUAUGGAAUUGGAACAAAUCAAGAGGGUGAGUGCGAAGAUAUUUGUGGAGAUGGAAUUGUUGUAGAAAAAUAAUGUGAUGAUGGCAAUCUAAUAUCAGGUGAUGGUUGCAAUGAUUAGUGUGAAUUGGAGUUUGGAUAUGAAUGCAUAUUCCCUAACUAAACUUGUAGAGAGAAUAUUAGCCCAGAUUUUUAAAUUAUUUCUAGGAGAUUUUCAUUCAAAAUUCAACAACAAUAAGCCCUUCAAAUUUUGAAGUUUCUAUAUCUGGAAAUCUACUUGAAUAUUAUUUCUCAUGGAGAAUAGUUGCUGAAGAAAACAAUAAACUCAUUCCAAAUAGACCUAUUAAAAGAUUUUCUAUAAUUCUUUUUGAUAUUUAGCAGACUCUAUUUGGCACUGAAACUCUGA